UAUUAUUCGGUGCAAGCAACAGUCUCAUAUAUAUAUAUAUAAUAAAAAAAUAAAAAAUCUUGCGCAGUUAUCUUCAAAAGUUGAAAUAAGGAAACCCCCCAUUCAAUAAUGGAAGUAAAGUCCUGUAUUCAUCCUCUUCCCUGCACACCCUCCACCGGAAUCUUGGUAUCCGGCGGUCGUACCGAAGCUAAACUUGCUGCCAACACCAGAAAGAUUUGUUCUUUAACUUUGAAUUCCUGCAAUUAUGCCCCAUUUUCUUAUAAAGAUUACUUAUUUAACAGAAGAAACUCAACGGAAUUUUCUCGGAUGGCUAUUGGUUCGAAUGUAAGUGAAGAUACAGAUGACAUGUUUGAUGAUCUCCUAAAGAAGCAUGGGAAAGUGGUCUACAAAAGAAAUGACCAAAAAACUGCAAGUGAGGAGAUUGAUGAUGAUGCUGAAAGCCUAUCCUUUGCAAUGGCUGUAGCUAAAGUUGCAAGUGAUGUCAAGGCUGGAGAUAUAAAGGUUCUCUUUGUCAAGCCUCUAGUAUAUUGGACUCGGUUUUUCAUUAUUGCUACUGCAUUCUCUCGCCCACAGAUUGAUGCCAUUGGGACCAGAAUAAGAGAUAUGGCUGAGGAACAAUAUGGAAAAGUUGCUUCGGGAGAUUCAAAACCCAACUCGUGGACGCUACUGGACUUUGGUGAUGUUGUCGUUCAUAUAUUUCUUCCUCAGCAGCGUGAGUACUACAAUCUGGAAGAAUUCUAUGGCAAUGCAGCGUCCAUCGAACUGCCAUUUGAGAACCCACAAAAAUUGCGAGGAUCUAGCGGUUAUUGAAGUCCCCAUCAUUUUGGCCUCAUGGUGAUUGACAGAAACUGUAGCAAAUUAAGUCAGUUGCAGUGUUCUCCUGGCUGCCGACGGUGAGGUGAUCAACAUAUUUGAGGAAACUCUGUUGAUCCACCUACUGUACUAUUUUUUUUAUUAGGAAGAACAUAAUUCUUGUAGAAGAUAAAGCUCUGUACUUGAGUUUGCUCUGUAGAAAAUCUGGUAAAGAAACAAUUUACUUGCAUUCCUACUGAACUAAACGGAUAGCUCAGAGGACUCUUAUCUCACCCAACAAAAGAACGUACUUAUUA